UAUGGUCAGGUCUUUUUCACCUGACUCCUUCAUGACCACCAACUAGAACCAAACACCAUCUCACCAACAUCGCCAUUGACCAUCAUCAACAACAUCUCUUGAAACAGCAAUGGACCAUUUCCCUGGAACAUCGUGGGGCAAACCAAGAGACGACUCGAUCGAUCCAUACGCCACUUUCCCAGUGAGCAGCGCCAAACAUCUCAACAACAAACAGUCCUUCGCUGAUGGCGUCCAACAUACUCAACAACCUAUCGUCACUGGUACUUCGGUCCUUGGAAUUAAAUACAAAGGCGGGGUGAUGUUGGCUGCUGAUAUGUUAGCUUCAUACGGAUCUCUGGCUCGGUUCAAGGAUAUUAGACGAUUAGUCCCCGUCGGAGAACAUACCGUUAUUGGUGCUGGUGGAGAUCUGUCGGAUUUCCAAUAUAUCCAGAAGGUCUUGGAAGCUCGAAUGACGGAGGAAGUCUUAGCAGACGAUGGCCACAUCCUAAAGACGCCACAGAUCUUCGAAUAUCUAGCCCGGAUCAUGUACAACCGACGAACGAAGGGGAACCCGUUAUGGAACUCAUUUGUAGUAGGAGGGAUCGACAAAGCCAGCCAAGAGGGUUUCCUCUCCUAUGUCGAUCUGAUCGGCACCACCUAUUCUGCACCGAGUAUCGCGACCGGAUAUGGGAGCUAUAUCGCCCAACCCUUGCUUCGUAAGGUUCUGGAUGACUUGCCUAAUGGUCAUCUUGAUCUCACCCCCGAACUCGCUCGUAAAACUCUCGAGGAAUCCAUGAAAGUCCUCUUUUAUAGGGACGCUAGAAGCUUGAAUAAGUUUCAAAUCGCUAAUAUCACAGUCGAUGGCGUCGAAAUCUCUGAGCCUAUUCAAGCUCCAACUGAAUGGGCUUUUGCCGAAGGACUUCGAGGUUAUGGAGCACAAACACAAUGAUCUUUCUCGUUCCUCUCUUUCUGAAAAAACACACAUGAUGAAACAAGUGAAUCCAAUGUAAUUCAAUAUCAAACGUCUUCCCGUUUUUUUUUUUCAGGUGCAACGUUCGAAAAGUGAUGAUUGACAAAAACGAACAAAGAAUCAAUCCAAAGAUUAAAAACUUGGUCUGGAAGAUCUUGUAAUGAAAUCGAGGCGAGCAGAAAUGAAGACAAGAUCAGAAGAUGAAUAUUGAGGAGGAAACAUGUAAGAUGUAAGAUGGAGGACACGUCCUUCCCAAAGGGUCCCAUUCCAAGAGACUUCUUUUUGGUAUCAACAUAAAACCCUGAAUAGUUCCACUUUGUAUACGAUGCAAAAAAG